AUGUCUUCUUCGUCAUCUUCUUCCAUUUAUCCAUGGAAAUACGACAUUUUCUUGAGUUUUAGAGGUAAAGAAACCCGAAAGAGCUUCGUGCACCAUCUAUAUGUUGCUUUAAAUCGGAAUGGAAUCAACACUUUCAGGGAUGAUAACAACAUUAGAAGAGGGGAGGACAUCGCACUCGAGCUCUUGGAAACAAUCGGAGAAUCAUGGGGUUCAAUAAUUGUUUUUUCAGAAGGAUAUGCUUUUUCAAGUUGGUGUUUAGAUGAGCUUGUCGAGAUUGUGAAACAGAGAAAUGAAAGGGGACAUCAGGUUUAUCCAAUUUUCUAUAAUGUUGAAGUCUCUGAUUUAAAAUAUCAAAGAGGGAGGGUUCAUGAAGCCUUUGGCAUGCAUGAAGAGAGAUGUAAGGACAACAAAAAGAAGAUGCAAAGGUGGCGAGAUGCUUUAUCCCAAGUGGCUGAUAUCAGUGGAUGGCUUUUAAAAGAUCAGUAUGAAUCAAUCUUCAUUGAAGACAUUGUUAAAAAAAUAUCGACAAAACUGUCUCAAACAUAUUCACAAUUGAAACACCUGAAUUCCAAAUUCAAUAUAGGGCAAGAUGAUGUUCGUACUAUCGGAGUUUGUGGCACAAGUGGAACAAGGUGGACGAUUUGCAUACACUUACAACAUUGGAUGCCAGAACAACUGUAA